GCGGUCCUUGGAUUUUUCGCCCGUCAAUCACUAUCGCGACCACUUGCACCCAACAUUCGAGGGACGACUAACCCCAGCAGCACAGCAAAACAACAAAUCUUCGCCGACCGGUUUGAGGAUUUGAGCUGCCCUUCUUUCCUUUUCUUUAAUUCCCCCAGAAAAGACGGUUACGAUGUCGAGCUUCGAGCAAGUUGUCGUCAUCGAUGGCAAGGGCCAUCUCCUUGGCCGACUCGCCUCCAUUGUCGCCAAGCAGCUCCUCAGCGGCCAGAAGAUCGUUAUUGUCCGCUGCGAGGCUCUCAACAUCUCUGGCGAGUUCUUCCGUGCGAAGCUCAAGUACCACGCCCACCUCCGAAAGAUCACCCGUUACAACCCCACCCGCGGUGGUCCCUUCCACUUCCGCGCUCCCUCCCGAAUCUUCUACAAGGCUGUCCGUGGCAUGAUCCCCCACAAGACCGCCCGUGGUGCUGCUGCUCUCGAGCGCCUCAAGGUCUUCGAGGGUGUCCCCCCUCCCUACGACAAGACCAAGAAGGUCGUCGUUCCCCAGGCUCUCCGUGUUCUCCGACUCCAGCCCGGCCGCAAGUUCUGCACUGUCGGUCGUCUGUCCAGCGAGGUUGGCUGGAAGUACGAGGACGUCGUUGCUCGAUUGGAGGAGCGAAGAAAGGCCAAGGGCGCUGCUUUCUACGAGCGCAAGAAGAUUGCCGCCCGACAACUGGCUGAUGCGAAGAAGAACGCUUCUGUCAAGGAGGAGACCGCAAAGGCCCUUGCCAAUUACGGCUACUAAGCUGGCCAAAUCCCUCGACCUGGGAUCUUGCCGGUCUAGGUAAACUUGGCAACGUCUAUCAUUUCUCGUGCGUUUCAUUAGAAUGGCGCGGCGGUUCAACAAAGGGAUUUACUUGAUUUGCUGAGUGAUGGCAAGGGUGGCUCGAGGAGUAGAUGUCGAUUCCCCCCAAAAAGAAUGUUCUAAAUGAAAAAAGUCCCUCCCCGAUUAUCGAACCACAUUUGCACU